UUGUCAUGUAAACAGUGAUACAAUUUUUCAUAAUCAGUACGAAUUAUCAUAGAGUUUAGUACCUGGGACCACCUUGGACCCUCAAACUACUCAUCAGUACUCAUCACUUAUUAAUUCAUUCAUCGUUGUGCAAAAUUCUGGUGGUCUGAUAAAGAGAUAAUAUAAAGCAAGAAGAAUAUGAAUUUACCAGGUCGCCAAAAGGUUUUUUCUACUUUAUCAUUGUAUGCUACAAUGGUGACAAAAGCAACAACGAAAAAAGCUGUCCGCCGUGAGAUUACCGAACGGCUCAAAUGCCUGUCUACUGAAGAAAAACAAACUCAGUCAAAAAUAGUUUUCGAAAAGUUAAUACAUUUGCCUUCGUUUCAAAAGAGCAAACGUGUGUCAACAUAUUUAAGUAUUGACAAUGAAAUUGAUACGGAGCCAGUCGUGCGAAAAAUAUUUGAAACGGGAAAAGAAUGUUUUGUUCCGAGAUACAGUAAAGCUGGGAUGGAAAUGGUAAAGAUAAACUCGUAUGAGGAUUGGCAGACCUUGCCGGUGACCAGUUGGGGGAUAAAACAGCCAAAUUUGAAGGAACAAAGAGAGGAUGCUCUAAAGACAGGUGGCUUGGAUUUUAUUGUUGUUCCGGGUGUCGGUUUUACCGCCAAAGGACUUAGACUCGGUCAUGGGGGUGGUUACUAUGACAAAUAUUUGGUAGAGAUCAAGAAACAUCAAGAUGUUCCACCAGCCUUGGUAGCUUUGGCUUUCAAGGAACAAAUCGUUGAUGAUUUACCAGUUACGGAGAUGGACGUACAAAUCGAUCUUGUUUUAUAUCCUGAAUAAAACAAUGUUAUCAGCUGUAUAUCUUUAUAUACAUGUACAUUUAAUAUAAAAUAUAAUUCCCUGUACCAAGCCAACACUAUGAUACAAAUAUAUAAAUACAA